AAUAAAAUUUUAAUUUUAAUUUUUUCUGAAAAAUUAUGAUUUAUAAAAUAAAUAAAGUAUUCUUGUUUAUUAUUUUAUUCAAUUUAUGUUAUGCAAUCAAUAAGUGUCCUACAAAAAAAAAAGUUUUACAAAAUAUUGUUACACGAUUACGUUAUACAAAUGUAUGUGAUGUGAAAACAAUUAAAUAUGUUGGUUCAAAUUAUACUAUCUUGGACAUAUUAAAAAUACCUUGUAGCUAUAAUUAUUUGUAUAAAAAAGCACGUCUAAUAACAUUAUUUCUUGGUUGUUUAUAUUCUAAUGUAAUGAAGUACAUUCUUUAUAUGUUAAUACAAUUGUCCAAAUACUGCCAAACUAUUGACUCUGAAAACGAUGAUAAAAUGUACAACUGUACUUUAGAAAUGACAACUUGUGCUAAAGCAACAGUUGAUAUGAUAUCAAAAUUAAAAGGAGCAUUAGAACUUGUUGAUAAUUAUCAUACUGUACCGUUGUUUAAAAAGUCGGUAAAUGACAAUUACAUUUUAAAUAAUGCAUUCAAUUUUUAUCCAUUUAUCAAUGACCGAAUAAAAGACUGUCCACCUUCACUAAUUAACUCAAAACGAACAAUGUCGAUAUUGAAGACUUCGGAAUUUUUUUUUAUUAAAAUAGGUAACUAUGUAAAUGAUGAUAUUAAGAAAUACUGUGAUCAGGAAACCGAAAAUUUGAAUGAAUUGUGGAGUAAAUGGUAUACAAAAUGUUUAAUUGAUACUGAAGAAUUUUAUAAAUAUAUAAGUAAAAAGAUAAAUGAUAAAAUUGAGGCAACUAUUACAAAGAAAUACACAGAGUUAGGUUUUGAGUACAACAAAAACAUGGAGACUAUCUACAAUUUUAAAGAUGAUUUCACAGACGAAAUAAUGGAAAAUAUGGAAUUGUAUGUCGAGGACCCGAUGCUAUCAGAGUAUUAUGAAGAAGAUAUCAUCAAAACUUGUCCCAACUAUGCUAAAAGAUGAAGAUUAUUCUGGUGACAUGAGAUCAUUCAGUUCAAAAUAAAGAAAAUAUUUUUUUGAUGAUGCUACUCCGUUAAUUUUAUUUAAACUCGAUAAUAGGUUUUUAAUUUAAAUUAUUCUGUUCAAAAUAAAUAAAAAAUAAAUUAUGCUUAUUAAA